AUGGCUGGGAGAGAUUCACGCCUUGCAGGAAUAAGCCCCGGCCUGGUGUAUAUACCCGAAUCAAGGAUUGACCUACGAUCUGAUGAUGAUAUCGCCGCGCAGUUAAAGACUUUCAAAGAAGUGACAUCGUCCGAUAAGAAUGUUUGGGCUUUUUGGAAUACAGGAUUUGAUUCAAUGCACCCAUGGACGCAGCGCAAUGUCAUAAAUUGGGUUCGCCGUCUGGGACCAUCGUGGACAGUGCGUGUUUUGGACAAAGUACAUGGUUCAGAUGUAAAUAUCUCAAAGUUCGUGCCGGCCAAAUACCUGCCCGAAGCUUUCAAUGUCGGAUCGAUGACAGGACCCAAUAUUGGACCACAUUCUGGCGAUAUGGUACGUUUACCACUUCUAUAUAUAUAUGGAGGUGUUUGGAUGGACGUGGGCAUGAUGCUCUUUCGACAUUUGGACGAUAUUUGCUGGAAUGCUAUUGAAGAUCCUCUAAAUCCUUAUGAGAUGGCUGGGAUGUCAAUAGAGAUCAAUCCAGGGGCAACAAAUAUGCUCAAUGGCUUUAUUGCGGCGAAACGGGGCAACGGAUUUAUCAAGCGAUGGCACGAUAUAUACAUGGAAGUUUGGAAGAAUGGCCGAACUGAACAAACUGGUCUACAUAGACACCCAUUGUUAAAUCAUUUACCUAUCCUUUACGCACCAACUAACCAUCUCAACCUGCCCGGUGCAUUGAAAAUUGGACCCGAAGAUUUCACCGAUUAUCUGGGUCAUUUCCAGUGUUUCGAACGUUUACGCAAGCUCGUGGAUCAUAUUGAUGGAUUUGAUGGACCAAAGUAUCAUCGGGAGAAUAUUUUUAUGCUCCCAGCAAUGACUGAGACAUGGAAGUUUCAACUUCUGACCGCAUGGAAUGGUAAAAGACAGUUCGAGCUUUUGAGCACGAAGAAAGAUGUCGAAGAUGACUCGGAGAAAACAGAGUUGUACCAUGAAGCUAAUGAUUUUGUUCUCGACUUGCUGGCCAACACAUCGACAAUGAAGCUCUCACAUGGCCCUCCAGGUGCUCUCGAUUCUUUCCUUGCAGAUAUUUGGGACCACAAGGACAAUCACGAUAAGGACAUUGAACCAGGAACAUUUGCCGCUUUCCUUCGUUAUGGCAGCAUUCACUUUGAUCAAACACGGAUCGUGCAUCCAGCACCGGUACCCUCCUCGUCGGAAAAGACCUUUAAUAUUGCCGUCCUCCAACCCUAUAGGGAACCAGAGGGAGUCCUUACCUAG